CGUUUACUGACACAGCAAAUGGAAAAGGGGAAAAUGAAGUGUCCGUACUGCUCGGCGGCGGCUGGCCGUUGCGCCACCACGAGCUCCGGCAGGUCAAUAACGGAGUGCACGUCUUGCGGCCGGGUCAUGGAAGAGCGACAAUCGCAUCCCCACCACGUCUUCCACCUCCGCGCCCAAGACAACCCUCUGUGCCUCGCCACCUCCGAUCUCCCUCUCCCGACUCUCCACCACCAAAACGACGCCGGCGACGAGGAGGACCCUUUCGAACCCACGGGCUUCCUCACCGCGUUCUCCACCUGGUCCCUGGAACCCAGCCCGCUUUACCUUCAGUCCUCCAUCGCGUUCUCCGGCCACCUCGCUGAACUCGAGCGCACUCUCGAAUCGUCUUCUUCUUCUUCAGCUACAGUCGUGGUUGAUAACUUGAGGGCGUACAUGCAGAUUAUCGAUGUUGCCUCCAUUCUGGGCUUGGAUUGCGAUAUCUCCGAUCACGCUUUUCAAUUGUUCAGGGAUUGUUGCUCCGCCACUUGCUUGAGAAACCGCAGUGUGGAGGCUCUUGCCACCGCCGCUCUUGUUCAUGCCAUUCGAGAGGCUCAAGAGCCCAGAACCCUCCAGGAAAUUUCAAUUGCGGCCAAUGUGCCGCAGAAGGAAAUAGGGAAAUACAUCAAGAUACUUGGAGAAGCUUUGCAGCUAAGUCAACCUAUUAACAGCAACUCCAUUUCAGUUCAUAUGCCAAGAUUUUGCACACUUCUCCAGCUCAAUAAAUCUGCUCAGGAACUGGCUACUCACAUAGGAGAGGUUGUGAUCAACAAAUGCUUCUGCACUCGUAGGAAUCCAAUUAGCAUCUCAGCUGCUGCUAUAUAUUUAGCUUGCCAACUUGAAGAUAAACGCAAAACACAAGCUGAAAUUUGCAAGGUAACUGGACUUACUGAAGUCACCCUCCGUAAAGUGUACAAGGAACUAUUGGAGAAUUGGGAUGAUUUACUUCCCUCUAAUUACACCCCAGCUGUUCCUCCUGAGAGGGCAUUCCCCACGACCGUAAUUGCCUCUGCUCGUUCUUCAACAAAGGUUGAUGCUAUAGAGGUUACUUCUUUAGACUCCGAAAAGUUGCCAGAAAUUAAACCUAGUAAACCUAAUGAGGUCUUAGUGCCUUCCAGUGGAAUACAUAAUAAUCAGAAUGUUACACAAGGAAUGGAUAUUGAUGUAUUCCAGCGUAACCACCACCAACCUGAACCUUUAGGAGAUGACACAAAUGGUGGGGCUAGUGUCAGUUAUCCAAAAUCAAGCCAACUUAGCAGUCCUCCACCAUCAAGUGCAAGCUCUGUUGUGAGGGCGUUUUCAGCACCACCUUCAUCGAGGCCUCCAAAUGUUCGAUUAGUGCAGUCACUUAAGACAAUGUCAGGUUAUCCCGAGCACUGAAAUUACUUCUUGUGCUAACACCUAAUAUGAUUUUGUUUCGUGUAUCACUGUAUUUAUAUGUACUGUAUAAUUUGUUUGUUUCUGAGGUGUGAGGCAGCUAUGUUGUGAUUGUUGCGUAUAGUUGAAAUAUGGAAAUGAUUUAUUUGGGUCUUUUAUUGUACCCUUUUUAUUUUGAA